UUGGGGGGGGCGAAGUGUUCAGGAGGUGGUUUGGGGGGGGCUGGCCUCCCUCGGCCCUAUCCCCCCUUCCGGUGCGGAGGUGGAGGGCGGAGGUGUGAGGAGGAAAGGGCCUGUCAGCUCCAUUUUAAGGUUUUUUUUUGGUUUUGGUGCCGCUGAGUGGCCCGGCCAUCCCCACAGCCCUCCAUAAAAGCCAUCAAGGGGGGGAUGUGCGGACUGUCACUUGCUGUCACCCCCUGGAGUGGCUUUGCCAUGGCUGUUGCCUGCCUCUUGGUGCUGGUGGCAGUGGGAGUGGCGUGGGCUGCGAUCCCCGAGCCCUGCCAGGGCAUCGCCACGUCCCCAUGCCAGGAUGUGGCCACUGCCACCCAGCAUGACCUCUGGGACAGCCUGGCCAUGGGUGUGACCCAAGGGGACGAGGUCGUGCCCGGUCGGAAGAAGAAGUGCAGCCUCUGCACCAAAAUCCUGCAGAAGAUGAAGGCAAUGGUGGGCGAGGACCCUGAUGAGGCAGCAGUGGCAGCGGCGCUGGACAAGGGGUGCCGGGUGUUGGGGAAGCUCCUGGGCCGCUUCUGCAAGUGGGUGGUGAAGAAGAAGCGGGAGCAGAUCAUCCAGGCACUGCAGGACGGCGAGGAGCCCCGCGACACCUGCACCUACCUUGGCUUCUGCAAGACCUGAGCCUGGGCAGCCCCCACCCUGCAGCCCACAGCCCACAUCCUGCACAUCCCACCCUCCACCCGCAUCCUGCACCCCACAUCCUCCACCCUACGUCCCACAACUUCAUCCUGCAUCCUCCACCCUGCAUCCUCCAUCUCACACCCUGAUCCAGGAUCCCGCCCCCCCCCCGCCUCGGGGCCAGGAGGGCACUUGGGGGUCCCGUGCCCCCAGGAGGGGACCCGCCUGCCCCCCAAGGACCCCAAACCCAAACGCGGGGGGGGGGGGGAGGGUGGAGGAGCUGCUUUCCCUGGGGUUAGGGGGGCCCCGAGUGCCCCCCAAACCCCACCCCCGGCCCCGACAUCCUCUCCCGGAGCAAUAAAGGGCCUCGU